AAUGAUGAUUUGUCUCUUAGUAAUAUUACGGCAGAAAUGAUUUUACCUAAUUACGCGCAAUUUCUUCCGAUUGCAACUGUGGAUGGAGAUUAUAUGAUUAUUUUUACUAAUAGUACAAAUUCAAUAAACUCCUCCAGGGAUCCUUAUUCUCCACAGGGAGGGAUUUAUGGCAUUUACUGUGAAUAUAAAAGCAAUAUCGUGCGAGAACCAGUUAUUCUUUAUCAAUCUACAAAUCCAUUAAAUAUAUCUUCUAUGGAAUGCAGAAUUAAUUACUCAGGAGUUGGAAAUGUUUGUUUAAUAUCCUUACAACCUAAUUCCACUACAAGUUCAACAUCUCGUUUUAUCAAAAUUAAUUUUCUUUCGCAAGGAUCUUUAUUUAAUGUCACUCCUACUAUUAUGAAUUCAGCAAAUGGCAUUAUGUCAUUAAGAUUUGGAGGUUAUUUCUACCAUAAUACUGUUGAUCAACCUAGUACCACAAGUAUUUGGGGUUAUGUUCUGGAUGACAAUGGCAUUUUGCAUAAUUGGACUCUUAAUUAUCCUACUGAGAUAAAUUAUUAUGGUCUAAGACAAGUUUUAACAAAUAACACUGUUGUAAUGGUUCAACCAACAGUAAAUCAAACUUGGGGUUUAAUCACCACCGAUUUGUAUAAAGUUUAUAAUAGAGGUAAGAUAAUAGUGAAAAAUUUUCGAAAAAAAACAAAAAUAUUUUUUUUUUUAAAGUUUUAG